AGUGUGAAGAAGAAGAGGCGAGAACGACCCCCGGACCGACCAAAGCCCGCGCGCGCUGCAUCCCGCGUCCAGCACCUACGUCCCGCCGCCGUCGCCACCAUGCCCAAGAGAAAGGCUGAAGGGGAUGCUAAAGGAGAUAAAGCCAAGGUGAAGGACGAACCACAGAGAAGAUCCGCGAGGUUGUCUGCUAAACCUGCUCCUCCAAAGCCAGAGCCCAAGCCUAAAAAGGCCCCUGCAAAGAAGGGAGAGAAGGUACCCAAAGGGAAAAAGGGAAAAGCUGAUGCUGGCAAGGAGGGGAAUAACCCUGCAGAAAACGGAGAUGCCAAAACAGACCAGGCACAGAAAGCUGAAGGUGCUGGAGAUGCCAAGUGAAGUGUGUGCAUUUUUGAUAACUGUGUACUUCUGGUGACUGUACAGUUUGAAAUACUAUUUUUUAUCAAGUUUUAUAAAAAUGCAGAAUUUUGUUUUACUUUUUUUUUUUUUUUUUUUUUUUUAAAGCUAUGUUGUUAGCACACAGAACACUUCAUUGUUGUUUUUGGGGGAAGGGGCAUAUGUCACUAAUAGAAUGUCUCCAAAGCUGGAUUGAUGUGGGGAAAACACCUUUCCCUUCUAGUUUUGAGAGACUUCCUCUUGGUUCCCAGGAGGAGGGAUUCCCUACUUUGACACACAUGGCCACCUUGGCACAAAAGCCUUGUGGUAUGGAAAAACAAAUUUGUUUUUAUGUUCUCUUCUCCCUUUCCAUCUUUCAGCAUAGACUUAACUCCCUUAAGCCCAGACAUCUGUUGGGACCUGACCCCUAGUCAGUGGUUACCAGUGUGUCAGGCAAUCUGGACUUUCCAGUGAUGCCACUGAGAUGGCACCUGUCAAAACAGCAUGGUUCCAUUUCUAGAUUGUGGAUCUUCAGAUAAAUUCUGCCAUUUUCAUUUCACUUCCUGAAAGUCAGGGUCGGCUUGUGAAAAGUUGUUAAACAACAUGCUAAAUGUGAAAUGUCAACCCUCACUCUAAACUUUCCCUGUUCAGAGCAUCAGAUGAAGACUUCAUUGGGUUUUAUAGUGGCUUUCUGAUUUUUGGUAGUCCAUUGAAGAAGGGAGUUUGAAAGUUGUUGUAUACUGUUAACGAUUGUCUGCCCAUGUCCUGCCUGAAAUACCAUGAUUGUUUAUGGAAAGUAUCUUUAAUAAAGCUGGAUACAGUU